UAUUGGUUGGCUCCGAGCCUAGCUAUCUUAUUGAUUGUAGACUACCAGUCAAGCCUUGGCUUGUCUAGGUAUGAGUGUAAUCGCACCCUCAGGCAAUAACGCUUUCAUCAGCUUAUACCGUGUUGUUGGAUGAUUCACUCACAAUGAAUUAACAGUAUUUUUCUUUUCGACAACGUACAUGAAGCAAAGAACAACAACUAAGCAGUGCAUUUAUCUGUAGAGGAUCAAUCAGAAGUCUGCACGGGACACCAGCAUUCAAGUGCCAUUAAUCAUCAAAGAGGCCGUAUCGGUGAUAUCCGACUCACGUGCAGAGUAACAUAUCUAUGUUGGCCUUUUGGACAACGUCAGUGUAGUCGAAGCUCAAUGGCGCAAUUUAACGCUAGUGGACUUGAUUAUGAGGAAGGUCAUUCAACCCCUUGGUAAUUUUGCUGGUGAUGUCUCAGAUCAAAACUUAUCCAACCUAUCCGGCUUAUAAAGUAAAACUUACGCGGCAAAAUUUAAUCGUUAAGAUUGCAAUGCCUUCAUGGCCAUCCAAGAAUUAAAAAAAUUAGAGGCGUGUCGUUUGCGGUACAACUAUUUACAACAUAAUUCUUGGGACAAGAUCAGCUCGGUUCUUUCGUUUGCUAUGAACAAAAUGAGCUCGAGCUCAAAUCUACAGUCUUCCUUGCUAAAUAUCAAGCCUGUGAUUACUAUCUUUAGCACGGUUAGAUACAGAAUGGACAACAUUAGCAAAAUGGUGCCCGGAACAGCAUCGAUUGCUUCGUAACAUCCCCAGCAUUUCAUCGCUGAAUACCACUCACCUUACUGGCACACUUCAAUCAGGCGGCAAAUAAAUUUUACGCAACUCGAUUUUAAAUAUAGCAAAUAUUAGUAUUUAAAUCGGCAAGUACAAUCGUUGCACAGCAAUUACGAUCUCGAAAAUCGUUUAUCUGGUAAAUUGCCGGAGAUGGCGUUGAGACGUACAUUAUCGAAAAGUCUGCUUGUGAGCGCACGAAGUUGCGGACAAUCUUUGCAUGUGGUUGCUCACUGUAAAAUGUCCUUUACAAAAUAUUCUUGAAGGAACUAUUCUCUUUGCCUGGGUAAUGUUGCGCUGGAGUGUCAACACUCUUAUUUUACAUGCAAAGCCUCAAGAGCAGUAUUGACAAACAUUUGAUCUUGCUCGAUAGAGAUGACGAUUUUGUCAAAUUGGUAUAUAUGACGAAUGUCUGCUUCCCAAGGAGAUACAUCAGAGUUUACUGUAUGGCAAAGCUCCUCUUAGCGUCUGGUCAGUAAAUUACUCUUGUCGGGCGU